UGCAAAAUUAUCCAAACCACAAUUUCCACUGCAUUUCGUGCUAUACGUCAAAAUGGAAGAACUGUCCGAUACGCGUACACGUUCAUCCGAGAAUCACCGCCUAGGCCCUAGGACCUCAUUCAAACUUCUUCACCGACAUGACGAUGUGAUCGUGAUGUGAGCUACCAAAAAAUGCAAACCAAUACUUCAGAUCUUGCCUGGAUUCCUGCCUCUUUCAAAGUUAUAAGUAGGAACAAUGGCUACAUGUCUGGCACUGAAAUCUGAGGAAGAAUUGGGGUUCUUGCUAAAAAACAACAAAAGAGCCACUUACACUUCAUUCAAUACAUGGUCUGAACAUAAAAAGGAUCAAAUCAAAAGUAGGCUACUUUGGCAAGUGGAGGAUUAUGCAGACGAUGUCCCCGUUUGUGUUGGAAAAAGAGCUAUCCUUGCAUGGCAAAGCAUCGAAAAGACCUUCUACAGCUGAGAAUUGGAUCAACUUUGGGGAGAACGGAGAAGAAAAGUUGAAUCCAAGCCGACGUGGUGGAGGCCUGAUCUGCCCCUGCCUCCUUUAACCCCUCCCACUGCCAGAUUUGUGAGCCUUUGUUGGCAUCCUGUCUGAGGGGAAAUCAAGGAGGAACAUUUCUACACAUGAAGAGCUGAAGUCUCCAUUUAGAAAACUAGUUCAAACUGAAUAUCUAGGAAAUAGUUUUUAUUGAUUUGUUUUUGACUUGAAGAGCUGUACUCUGGGGCACUUAUCAGCUGUGACCUACUUACUUUUUGGAUUAGUGGAGUUACAACAUGGCGAAGAAAAACAGCCAGAAGGAUACUUCUGGUAUGGUGUUCGACACUAACUUGAAAAUGGUUAUGUCCCAGGGAGGGACGUUUGAGAGAAUGAAGGAGAAGAUUAGUGCCGUCAGGGCCGUUGUUCCCAACAAAAGCAACAAUGAGAUAGUUCUGGUGUUGCAGCACUUUGAGAACUGCGUUGAUAAGGCCGUCCAGGCUUUCCUAGAAGGUAGUGCCAUUGAUAUCUUGAAGGAGUGGAAUGUAACUGGUAAAAAGAAGCCCAAGAAGAAAAAGAAGCCCAAGCCCCAGCCACAGCCUCCGGGAGAGGAGCCUGCUCCAGCCGAAACCACACAGCCUUCGGAGACUGAGAGUACAGAAGCAGUGAAUGGGUUCCAUGCCAAUGGCUCUGUGUUGGACGGAGACUCAUUAGACUCUCUGAGUGAGCAGUUGGAUUCUGCCUUCUUGGAUGCAGCUGAGCUCGAAUCUGAGCCUGCCACGUCGAACAUUACAGGUGUGGAAGCAGACUCUUUUUGUAGUGGCCCAAGCACCACCCCUCAUCAUGCUCAAGAAGGAAGGAAUCACCAGCCUCCCCGUGGAAACAAGUUCCGUCCCAGAACCAACUCCCAGCAAUCAUCCACUUCCUCUGUGCUCACCACUGAUGAAAGCCAACAGGGAUUUUCUGGAGCCAGGAAGAUUGCGCCCAACAUUGACCGCUCUGUGAAGGACCUGCAGAGAUGCACAGUGUCGCUUACUCGAUACAGAGUGUUGGUUAAGGAUGAAAUGGACUCCUCUAUUAAGACCAUGAAGCAGACGUUUGCUGAGCUCCAGAGCUGUCUAAUGGACAGAGAGGUUACUCUGUUGACAGAGAUGGACAAAGUCAAAGCAGAAGCCAUGGCCAUUUUGGAUGGCCGUCAAAAAAGAGCAGAGGAGCUCCGCAGGCUAACUGACCAAUCAGCAUCCAUGUCUGAGAACCAACUGAGUGAGCUACGAGCGGACAUAAAGCACUUUGUAAGUGAACGUAAGUAUGAUGAAGACCUUGGAAAAGCUGUGAAGUUCACUUUCGAGCUAGAACCACUGAAGACAAGCGUCACGGGAUUUGGAUCAGUGUACCACCCUCAGACAGGCUACUCCAGCCGCUCCCGCUGUAGUUCCACCUCCUCGUCCAUCACAGGCCCAGGGUCCCUAGAAGCACCACCUCAGUCUCAGCACCAGGGCUCCAGCUUCGAAGGACACCCUACCCAUCCGAACAAAACGACUUUCCAAGGCAACAGGCGGUAUACGGCGGGCCCGGGAUACUACUCCGGUGGUCAGCGGUAUAAUGGUGGCUCCUAUCGCGACAGGAACGCCAAUCGCGGAGGCUACCGCUCCGAGGGUUACCAAGGCUACCAGGGCAACCAAGGCCAAGGUGACGGCCCCAGCCAUCCUACCAGCACUGUAACACAAUCCUCCAACUCCACAAGAGGCCCUUCCAACUCCACCCCAUCCUCUUCUUACCGUCAAGACCACCCUUCUCAUAACGGCCUACCCCAAAGGCCUCCGCGGACACACUGCCCCUGACACCGGAACUACCUGGCUUAAAACCCCCUACUAACCCUGGCACUCCACCCUUGAUACCCUGCCCCUUCCACCCCACUAACUCCUUUUUGAUGAAGAAUAGAAUACAAGUUUACAUCUUUUUGUCAAAUGAGCUCUAGUGCCACCCAUAGGCAAAACCAUUCAUCCACCAAACUUGAAAAUCUGCUAAUAAGACCUAUUUUCUCAUGCCUGUUGAUUGAGCAGCAUUUUGCUACUUCAGAGGCCAGUGUUAUCUGAUGAGUUCAGCACAGAGACUGCGGUGAUUUAUAUGCAUUUUGUGCACUGCUAAAAGGCAUUUUUAAUUCAUUUUUUCUUUAGCAUCAAAUUAAUUUUGGUUGCCAUUUUUGUUUUGUAGUCCAUCACCAUUUUAGUUCCAUAUGUUAUGGCAUGCUUGCUAGUAUGUGUGGAAGACUUUCAUCAAUGGCAUACAAUCAACACUACAUAAGUUUAUUUGUAUCCAAUUCAUUUAGAGCUUUCCAUAAAUACUGGUUGUGUCUGUAAAUAAUAUGUACUCCUUGAACUGGACAAAGAAUCAGUUUAUAAUUAGAACUAGAGGCAAUCACUUUGGAUGUUGCCUGAUGGCAGUUGUUUAUUCCCUCCCUCACAUGUAUGAGAAUAGUUUAGUGGAUAGUUGUCCUGUCCUUCUCUAUAUUGUUAUUGUAUAAUCCAAGGAGAAGGCUCGAUUUCUUUAUUACAUACAUAUUUAAUUAUGAAUUAUUCCACUUCUCAAGUCUCAGGUAUGAGAAAGGAACCCCCACUCCCCUACACCUACAGUCUGAAUUUGGACUUCCCUUUGUUAGAAGUACAUAUAUUUAGGUGUUAUUUGGUCUACUCUUAUUUUCAGUGCAUCUCAGACAGGACUAUGAACGGCACACACUUGACAUGCUUGCCAUGUAUCACAGUGUAACUUUGCCUUUCUCGAAAUUCAGAGAUGCCUGCAUCACGAACAUCAGUGCACGUUCUUGUGAUUUUUUUACAUCUCAAAAAGCGAGCUUUAGGAGCUUUGUCCUUUUUUAAUGUUAACUUUCCUCUUGAUCAUUUCCUAAAAUCGGAUCAAAUUUGUGAAUGCUGUUUCGAUCUUAGUUCAAAUACGUUUUAUGACUACUGAGUUGGGACUGAUUUAAGAUUCUUAGUAAAGUAUACAAUAACUUAACAAAAUCUGGAGAAUUAUCUGAUUGUUUCCACUUGUACACUGCCUGGAGGCAUAAUGUUGCUUUUCGGGAUUUGCUUUUUUCCCCUGAUAAUCUUUUGAAAUGGGGCUUGGUUCACCAUUUACCGAAAGCAAAGUGGUGUCGUGUCAAACUGCAAGGCAUGUGUAUAUAAGGUUAUACAGCUGUUACCUCUGUGUACCAAAGGGUCAAACCCGAUGAGUAGAAGAAUUGAGAGAACCCCUCCAUCUCCUCCAAUAUUACUGGUGGGAAGUUAUCCAUAGGAAUACCUUUGUGUUUUAGAUAUGUUAUAAACAUAGGUACUGAAGUCUUCUUUUCAUAAUAUAAUUUGGCCAUGAGGAAAAUGUCUUCAUUUUUGUUAUAUUGCACAUCAACAUAAAGAUGAUGUAGUUCUUGUUUGUCCAAUGGUUUACAAAGUCUUCUGGGGAAGUGCAAAGUGUAUACAGCAGGGUAGAUCAGUUGGCAUGUAUCAGCAACUGUGCUUGAGCACAUAAGGCUUGGUAGCUAACUCCAGGAGCUUCCUGCCUUCAGCAAAUGUUUCCUAAUCUCAGAUCUGCACUGUAAAUUUGGGCCUAUUUUCAGUAAUCCUAAUGCACAGUAGGCCUAAUCUUCAAUUGCGGAGAUGCAUGCACUGCAUUUUCUCUCCACAACACAUUGCUAGUUGUUACCUUGUGGUAGCUUCAAGCAUGUACAUGUAGUAUUUCUUACAGUUGUCUAAAAACUAGAGUUAUUCUCUAUGGGGAAUUAUUUAUGCGUGUCCAUCUCUUUUACCAAGUGUAAGAACUCACAUUCACAGCUUUGUCUACAUUCUCAACUAUCUGGUGAUCACCAAAGAGAAAAACAUUUCGUUUUUUCUUUCUCUGCCUAUAAAAAAAUAACUUCAUUGUUUUCCAAUUGGAUAAUCUAUUCUAGAUUGAGUAGCAUGUUAAUUGUUUUUUCUUUUACGUUUUAUUUCUUUACUGUGUGUAUAUAUAGCUAUAAUUGUUGCGCUCACAUGGGGCAUUUUGUAUGUUAUAUACAUGCUGAGCAUAUGGUUUACCCCUGAAAUAGUUCAGUCAUAUGGACUGAACUAACAAUCUAGUUCAGUCCAAUUCUUCCAGUGCAAACUGUAAACUUAAGUGCCUUCUCUUGCCUCCAUCCAAUUCAUACACCCCCCUCCUUACAGAAACCAUGAAGUAUGGACCAAAGACAUCUGCCCUCCCCAUCCAUUCUAAUACACCUCCCCCCAUAUGUGGAAAGGCACACUUAUCAUUUACUAUUAAACUUUUCAAUACAUAA